AAAUGGUGAUACAGCAUGGACACGCUGUCCAGUCAUAGCUGUUACCUGUUACAGCAGCUUCAUGAGCAGCGAAUCCAGGGUCUUCUCUGUGACUGCAUGAUAGUGGUCAAAGGAGUCUGCUUUAAAGCUCACAAGAAUGUAUUAGCAUCAUUCAGUCAAUAUUUUCGAACAUUGUUUCAGAACUCUUCUGGACAAAAAAUGGAAACAUUCUACCUUGAUAUUAAAAAUGUUGGAGGAAUUGGGCAAAUUCUUGAUUUUAUGUAUACAUCUCAUCUUGAACUGAACCAGGACAAUGUGCAAUCCAUGCUUGAUAUUGCUCAGUGUCUUCAGGUACCUAAUGUGCUCAGCUUGUGCAGUAAUUUCCUAAAGCCCUUUACUUCUGUUGUGGAGUCAUCAAGCAUUGUCUCUGAGAAUACCUCUUUCCCAUUGCCUCAAGUUGCUCCAUCAGAUUCAGACAGUGUUCUGGACACUAAUACACCACCUGAGAUUGGACAACAUUGUGGUUCUGAAGCACAGAAACAAUUGUGCACGUCUACCAGUGUAGAACUCUCUAGAAGGCCUCAAUCAAAAUGUUUAAAUCAAAAUCAGUCAUUUGAAACUCUUAAUAGUGGUUCUGUUGAGCCUGAAAAACAAAUAUCACAUGGACUUAAACUGCGUAACUUUUACAGCAAGCAGUAUUUUAAGCAAAAUCCUGCUUUGCAGGGAAAUGUCAAUUUAAACCCAAAUUCACAUAAUGGUAUAGAAGAGACCUUUCCAUCUAAUGUUACAGAAGUUGCUAAUACUGUAGACAUAACAUUGUGCUCCUUAAGCAACAGAGAAUGCAACUCUGAAACGUCUGACAGCUUACCACCAGGUUUUGUUGUACAACCACUAGUAGAAGCUACUGUUAACCAAACCUCUCAGAGGGAGUCUGCAGCAGUUAGUAAACCUGUUUGUCCAAAGAAGACAGUCUACCUUAAAAAGUAUAAUUACUUAAGAUCCCAAGAAUCUUUUGAGGACACAACAGUGCAGCAAGAUUCAUUCAGUAAUACUCAAACUAAAGACAGUAACAAGCCUAUUUCUGGUAAAGAAGUUGGAGAUGCUGAUGUUAGUCAUUUACCUGUAGAUAAAGAUCUUCCAACCAUGCCAAGCUUGCAAAAUGCUGAAACAUCCCUACAAGAAUCAGAGAUGAGGAAAGGAAAUUCUUCAGUUAAUACUUCAGAUUAUUCUCUCCCUCAGGUUUUCCAGAAACAGUACUGUUGUGAAAUGUGUGGAAAAAUAUUCAAGCACCCAAGUAAUCUGGAGCUUCAUAAACGUUCUCAUACAGGUGAAAAACCUUUUCAGUGUAAUAUCUGUGGAAAAAACUUUUCUCAGGCAGGAAACCUCCAAACUCAUUUACGGCGACACUCAGGUGAAAAACCAUACAUAUGUGAAAUCUGUGGGAAAAGCUUUGCUGCUUCAGGGGAUGUGCAACGUCAUAUAGUGAUUCACACUGGAGAAAAGCCUCAUCUGUGUGACAUUUGUGGCAGAGGAUUUAGCAAUUUCAGCAAUCUUAAGGAACAUAAGAAGACCCAUACAUCUGACAGUAUGUUCACCUGUGACCAAUGCGACAAAUCUUUCAAUAUGCAGAGAAAACUCCUGAAGCAUAGAGUCAGACACACCGGAGAGAGGCCAUAUAGUUGUGCAACAUGCGGAAAGCGCUUUGCAGGAUCUGGAGAUUUACGGAGGCAUGUCCGAACACAUACUGGUGAGAGACCUUAUACCUGUGAAACCUGUGGAAAGUGUUUCACUCGUUCUGCUGUUUUAAGGAGACAUAAGACCAUGCACUGUAAGACUGGAGAUGGUCAAAUUUUGGAGGAUCUUGGAGAGGUUGAAUCCCCAUACUUACAAUCUGUGUGCCAAAAGCAACACAAUUCUGAAGCAUUUUCAUCCAUACUGCCAGACUCUAGUAAACUUCCUCCACAGACAAAUGAGUCUGGUUCUACAGUGGACUUUAAUUCUGCCACCUCAAACUCUUUUCCUGAUCUUGGAUCUAUAGUACAGCCUCAGCUUAUUUCUCCAGAGGGAAAAUUAUGUUCUGAUCUUGUUAAAGUUCCAAAACCUCAAAGACAAAAUGAACACUUUUCAUAUGAGCAGCAUCAAGUUACUAAUGAUGGAGAACAUUUGCAAGGCACAAACACAUCCAUGGUCCGCCAAUCUGUGUCAAACUUGGAUUCUCAAUGUAAUGUUACUUUAGGACCUCGGAUUAAUUCAGCCUUGUACAGGAGUAAUGAGGGGCCAUUUAUCUCAAGCAUGACUCUUUGGGGAUUGGCCAUGAAGACGUUACAAAAUGACAGUGAAAUGGAGCAGUGAUUUGUAUUGUCUGUUCAUAACUACUAAUACAGUGCAUCCGGAAAGUAUUCACAGCGCAUCACUUUUUCCACAUUUUGUUAUGUUACAGCCUUAUUCCAAAAUGGAUUAAAUUCAUUUUUUCCCCAGAAUUCUACACACAACACCCCAUAAUGGCAACGUGAAAAAAGUUUACUUGAGGUUUUUGCAAAUUUAUUAAAAAUGACAAAACUGAGAAAUCACAUGUACAUAAGUAUUCACAGCCUUUGCUCAAUACUUUGUCGAUGCACCUUUGGCAGCAAUUACAGCCUCAAGUCUUUUUGAAUAUGAUGCCACAAGCUUGGCACACCUAUCCUUGGCCAGUUUCGCCCAUUCCUCUUUGCAGCACCUCUCAAGCUCCAUCAGGUUGGAUGGGAAGCGUAGGUGCACAGCCAUUUUAAGAUCUCUCCAGAGAUGGUCAAUCGGAUUCAAGUCUGGGCUCUGGUUGGGCCACUCAAGGACAUUCACAGAGUUGUCCUGAAGCCACUCCUUUGAUAUCUUGGCUGUGUGCUUAGGGUCGUUGUCCUGCUGAAAGAUGAACCGUCAUCCCAGUCUGAGGUCAAGAGCGUUUUCAUCCAGGAUGUCUCUGUACAUUGCUGCAGUCAUCUUUCCCUUUAUCCUGACUAGUCUCCCAGUUCCUGCCAUUGAAAAACAUCCCCACAGCAUGAUGCUGUCACCACCAUGCUUCACUGUAGGGAUGGUGCCAGGUUUCAUCCAAACGUGAUGUCUGGCAUUCACACCAAAGAGUUCAAUCUUUGUCUCAUCAGACCAGAGAAUUUUCUUUCUCUUGGUCUGAGAGUCCUUCAGGUGCCUUUUGGCAAACUCCAGGCGGGCUGCCAUGUCCCUUUUACUAAGGUGUGGCUUCCGUCUGGCCACUCUACCAUACAGGCCUGAUUGGUGGAUUGCUGCAGAGAUGGUUGUCCUUCUGGAAGGUUCUCCUCUCUCCACAGAGGACCUGUGGAGCUCUGACAGAGUGACCAUCGGGUUCUUGGUCACCUCUCUGACUAAGGCCCCUCUCCCCCGAUCGCUCAGUUUAGAUGGCUGGCCAGCUCUAGGAAGAGUCCUGGUGGUUUCGAACUUCUUCCACUUACGGAUGAUGGAGGCCACUGUGCUCAUUGGGACCUUCAAAGCAGCAGAAAUUUUUCUGUAACCUUCCCCAGAUUUGUGCCUCAAGACAAUCCUGUCUCGGAGGUCUACAGACAAUUCCUCUGACUUCAUGCUUGGUUUGUGCUCUGACAUGAACUGUCAACUGUGGGACCUUAUAUAGAGAGGUGUUUGCCUUUCCAAAUCAUGUCCAACCAACUGAAUUUACCACAAUAUGGACUCCAAUUAAGCUGCAGAAACAUCUCAAGGAUGACCAGGGGAAACAGGAGGCACCUGA